AUGAUAUCGGUUGCAUACGUGAAUGGAAAUUCUACCACCGAUCCCCUUUUAACACUUCUUCCAGAUAACCUUUCCGGGCCGUGGAUCGAGAUUUCGAAGCACUUUGAUUUCGAGCCCGUUUUAAAUUAUGCAUCGAGCGUUCAAUUCAAUUGGCAUUCUCCCACCAAAAAGGACAUAAAUUCUGUCAAGCUUGAAGAUAUUGAGAUAUGCUCGACAAUUACCGGAUCUUUGACUGAAGUGUGGUUUUAUCAAGUAUCUCUCGCCAUAGAGCUGGAAUCUAUAAGAAUCGUUCCAAUCAUCAAAAAUAUUUUUUCCAUUUUGAAUUCAAAUCACAAUGAGGCCAAGGAAAAAAUAGAAGUGCAGCUUGGAAAUCUGCUGAAUUCUUUAAAGGAAAUCGGAAUGCUUCUUGAACGCAUCCACGAGCACUGCGUGCCCAGCGUCUUUUAUAAUGGCCUUCGUCCAUACUUGUCUGGUUGGAAUACGCCCGGUUUUGACAAAAUGGGCGGGCUGAAGUUUGGUUCUGCCCCAGAUGCUCCAAUUUACACCAGCACGGGAGGCUCUGCCGCCCAAUCUCCACUCAUUCAAGUAUUGGAUGCUUUGUUUGGUGUUCGGCAUCUUCCUAAUCCAGAUGGAUCCCCCAAUUACUUGUAUCUGAUCAGAAAAUACAUGCCCAAGGCCGAUCGCGACCUUAUUUUGUGGGUUGAGAGUUGGGGCGAGGGGUUUAAAGACUUUUGCGUGGAGAACCAAAUUUAUCAUCCCUUCAUUGAUUGUCUUUCUCAGAUGAUUUCCAAUCGACAAUUGCAUGGCGGCAUUGUGUGGAAGUUUAUCAAGCAGGAAGCGAUGAAGCUCAAAAAGGACACUGAAGCCGUUGGAACAGGCGGAACGCCGUAUGAGAAAUUUCUCAAGUCAAUCAUUGGAAGCACUCAGAUGCUCAAGGAUGCUUUUCAAAAGAAAUUCGCAAUUUUGCAUAAUUAA